AUGGUUUCCGCCGACGCCGCCCGCAACAUCGUCGGCAUCGUCGGCAAUGUCAUCUCCUUCGGGCUCUUCCUCUCCCCUGUGCCGACGUUCUGGCGGAUCAUCAAGGCCAAGGACGUGGAGGAGUUCAAGCCGGACCCCUACCUGGCGACGCUGCUCAACUGCAUGCUCUGGGUCUUCUACGGCCUCCCCAUCGUCCACCCCAACAGCAUCCUCGUCGUCACCAUCAACGGGAUCGGGCUCGUCAUCGAGAGCGCCUACCUCAUCAUAUUCUUCAUCUACGCCACCAGGAACACACGGUUGAAGAUGCUCGGCGUGCUCGCCGUCGAGGCCUUGUUCAUGGUGGCCGUGGUGGCCGGCGUGCUCCUCGGCGCCCACACCCACGAGAAGCGCUCCAUGAUCGUCGGCAUCCUCUGCGUCAUCUUCGGCUCGGUCAUGUACGCCUCCCCGCUCACCAUCAUGGGUAAAGUGAUCAAGACCAGGAGCGUGGAGUACAUGCCAUUCGUCCUCUCCCUGGUGAACUUCCUCAACGGCUGCUGCUGGACGGCCUAUGCGCUCAUCAAGUUCGACCUCUACAUCACGAUCCCCAAUGGACUCGGUGCCGUCUUUGGCCUCGCCCAGCUGAUCCUCUACGGCUGCUACUACAGGUCGACUCCCAAGAAGGGGAAGAAUGUCGAGCUGCCUACCGUCAAAGUCACAAAGAACAGCGUUGGCGGCGGCAGGGUCUCCGUCACCGUUGAGAAAUAA